AUGAGUAAGUCAGUUGAUCAUGAAUUAAAUUCAACGAUGGCAUUGACUCGAACUAGUUCGAAAGUAUCGAAAUCAUUUGUUUAUGAAGAUUUAAUGUUUCAUAGCCAAACGAUGCAACAUCAAAUGAAUACAAUGACAAAAUUCCUUGAUGGUCAAUGUAAAAAUGACAAGCAACUACGAAAAGAAUUGAAAUCACAUUCAUUGAAAUUUAUUGAUCCUUAUGGAAAUCUAACAAUACAUGAAUGCUUCGAUCAUGAAAUGGUCAAUACAAUAUUCAACAAGUACAAGAAAGAUUAUGUUCCGAAAUAUUUACAAAAAUGGAUAAAAAUUGGAAAAAUAAAUCAAAAUAUUAUUUCACCAUUCGAAGACCAUGAAUUGACAUUGUCCGUAUCCAACUAUACUGAUGAUUAUCAAUUUAGUACCUAUGGUGAACUGAAUAUUUCGAUAGCCUAUGGCGAAAAUGCACCAUUACAAAAACUUUUACUUCGUGUUCUUCUUACUGAUAGUAUAGAAAAAAUCAAAAUGCAAAUUCAAGAACUUGAAAAGAUUAAAAAUCUAGAAUUAAAAUCGUGUAUAUUAAAUCAACAUGGUCUAUCGAAUGAACAGUGCUGGAGUCAAAGUCAAUUACUGAAUUUAAAUGAUACUGUCUUGUCGCGCAAAUUAUAUGCAGAUAAUUGUGCUAUCAUGGCAACAGUUUUGGAAGAAAAAAUUGAUAAUCAACGUUUUGUGGAACUCACAUAUAUUUUCGAAGAAAAUGGUGAGUCGCGAAACUAUCAAACAAUAAAACAUUUCAAAAUCAUCAUUGUCGAAUGA